ACUACGUGGAGAGGCAACUUGGCAGGAUCUGCCUACGUCGUACCUUGUUGUGCAGCGUCGCCAACCGCGUUGCCUUGUUCCCACCGCCGCCAGACCUCGCUCCCCGUCUGCAGCGACCCAACAGCGACCCUCCAUCUCGUUCAGCCAUGGUCCAGCUCGUCGACCUCCUGGGACCUCUGUCGCGCUCAAUUGGAUCCAAGGGGUGCACCCAGCCUAGUCCCAAGGCUGUUACUCGCCGUCACGGUACUCAUGUCGGAGUCUUCGUCCGUAGAUCGUCCACCGCGACGCGUACAUGACCGCGAAUAUUUCAUCAAGCACUGCGACCGCCUAUCGGAUCCUGCGGCCCCGACCUCAUAGGCGGUAUAAUUUGGCCUCAAUGCAAACCACUACAUCGAUGCACCAGUACGAGCAGGGUCGCUGGUAUGUUGGAUGCCUUGUCUCUGUCUGUGGACCCCUGUGCUGCUAUGGGUCCAAGCCUUCGCCGCUCGAUGGGCUGCUUCGCGAUCCUCGCGCUAUUCUCGACGUUCUGCAGACCCUACGAUCCCCCGUUCACCGCUAUCGUUCCUUUGGCCCUCUUGCGCAAACGGACCGAUAUACAACUCUGACCAGUCUCCUCCCUCAUCCACUCCUCUUCGCGUCCCGACCUUCUCUCGUACACGGAGCGCGGAGCCCAGUACACGCGUCGGUUCGCCCCCAAAGUUCGGCGCCUCGUGGGACCCUUCUAUGCCUCGCGGGGGUUCCGUCCGCGUUCGCUUUUCCUUGCUGGAACUGUGGCGACUCCGCGGUGCUACGUAUUUCUCGAAUCCGUGGACAUGCUUCCGUGUCCCACACCCGCAACGCCGCUCUUCCCGGAGGUAAACCCGUACGCUCGAUGGCAUCUUAUGCCUCACCGUCCGGCUUGCCGUGAAACCAUUCUCCGGCGUACGUACGUUCGCAUAUUCGUUCCCUCGGAAAUAUUACUACGCGAUUGCGACAUGCUUACGAGCAUGAUUGCAACGUAC